GUUUUUUUCUCUUUAGAUUAUUUCAUUUUAUUUUUUCUGUUUGCAAUCCGAUUCCCAAAUUCCUGAUGCAAUCACUCGCACAAAGAAAUAUUACUGCUUGCUUAGCAUAAGUUAUUUCUGUACAUAUAUCUUUUUACAUAUGCAUGCGGUUGUUGGACUCCCGAUCUCUAUUCAGACACCAUGAAUCUUGGAUAGACAAGUUUGUUUUGUGGAUAAUCGUUCGUUGUGCUGAUGCAGCUUUUGUGAGAUUAAUUUACAAAUUCUCUUCAUCAGUUCUCAUUGCCAUAAUUAGUCUUCAGAUAAUGGUUUCUAUUUCAAAUGGUGGUUUGGGUGAGGUCUCGAACAAGCGGCCUUUGGAGAACAGCUCCAUACCCAAAUACAAGCCCAGGAGAGUAUCCGCAGUCCGGGACUUUCCCCCUCAGUGUGGACGUAAUCCCAUUCCGCCAAAUAUAAAACCUGAAGAAAUUAGAGGCAGUCAAAUUGGAAGACCUCAAAUGGCUGAAAUAAUUGGGUCUCAGGCUAUCAGAAAUUCUGAAGCCAUCAAAACAGAGAGUAAUGAGGUUAAUACUGCUGAAAUCCCCAAACUCGAGAUUGGUUGCGAGGCAAAAAAAGAUACCGACGUAUAUAGUGACUUAGGUAGUAGCGGUGUGAAAAACUCUAAUAACAUGGUGGAGUGUGAAUCACAUGAAGCAUUUGAUGUUCUUGUGGAUGUGGAUAUGAUUGAGUCGUUGGAUGAGUUGGUGGGGAAAAUCACGUCAAGUGCGAAUAUCGAUGAGAAAUUGUCGACUUGGCCACCCGGAUUUCAGUUGCCGAAUGAAGUAAAUAAUCCUAUUGAAGUAGAAAUGCCUCAAACAAUGGACAUGUUUGUUGGAAAACUUACAACUACAACAAUAGAGGAAAAGGAAGGUUUUGCGAAUUCUACUGAAAAAUUGAUCACUUACGGUAAGCGUGAUGAAGGUAAUACUAAUACACUGGACGCCAUGAAAACUGAUUCUCCUAACAAAGAGACUGAGGCUACAGGCCAGCCAACGCUGAACGAAUUAAACAAAGUGGAAAUUUUGACUUUGGUUAAGAAAUCAGGUAUGGAUUUCUCUGUUAGAGGGAAGGACAAGUACCGUAAGAGGAGUGUGUCUGCAGUUCGUGACUUUCCUCCUAACUGCGGGAGAAAUUUUUCUUUACCGACUGAAAAAAGCUGUCCGCAGGAUGGGACAAUAAAACAGAUAACACCAACUUCCCAAGAAAAAUGUCUGAGUGGACUUCAAAACAACAGGACAUUACAGCGAAGCAUUAUUCAGGAAACAGAAAUGAAUGAUGCUGGGGCUCGGGAUGAAGACAUGCGUGAGAUCACUAACCCUGUUUCGGCUGAAUGUGCUGGGGAAAUUGUUGUUUAUUCUCCAGGAAAACGGGAUGAAAAUAUCGAGCCUUCGCAUAGUGCUUCUUCUAGCUCAGAGAAUGACGAGAAUAGGAAGAUUAUAUAUGCUCUGAUGGCCAAACGGGAUGAAAAUAUCGAGCCUUCGCAUAGUUCUUCUAGCUCAGAGAAUGAGGAGAAUAGGAAGAGUUUAUAUGGUCUGAUGGCCAAACCAAAUUGUCCGUGGAGUAAAGAAAAAACAUAUCCGAGCAAUAACCAUGACUUGAAAACGAGUGGAGGAAGACGAAAUAAGAAGCCGAGCCUCUCCUUGCGGCACAAAUCAAAGGCCGUUGCUAAGAAAAGUAUCCAGAAUCUAAAAUCAAAAUCCUCAGUACCUCCUUCCAAGAAGCUCAAGAAAGUCCGUAUGAGUAACGAUGACGAAGACGAUGUGAGUCCCGAAGAAGCCUUGCCCCCUGCAGACGGUGAAGGGCAAAAACGGAAAUUCCCCACCAAAACCCGCAAACAGCAAGAUUUAGAGGUCACCCUACCCCCCUUCGGCCCCAACACCUCCGCCGCCCAUGGAGACGCCCGUAACAAAGUCCGAAACACCCUCCGUCUGUUCAACGCCAUAUGCCGAAAGCUCCUCCAGAAAGAAGAAGCAAACUCAAUCCUCGAAGAUGAGGAGGGCAAACCGGUAAAAAACGUCCGAAGAAUCGACCUCUUCGCCGCCAAGGCCAUCAAGGAAAAAGGAGAAGAAGUCAACACCGGGAAACAAAUCCUCGGCCAAGUCCCCGGAGUUCUCGUCGGCGACGAGUUCCAGUAUCGAGUCGAGCUCGCCGUCGUCGGCAUCCACCGCCUCUACCAAGCUGGCAUAGACUCCAUGAAGCUCGAAAAUGGUUUACAAGUCGCCACUAGCAUAGUCUCGUCCGGCGCUUACUCGGACGACCUCGAGAACGCGGACGUCCUGAUAUACUCCGGCCAAGGCGGAAACGUCGUCGGGAAGCAAAAGCAACAGCCGCAGGACCAAAAGCUUGAGCGCGGCAAUUUAGCUUUAAAAAACAGCAUCGACGCGAAGACGCCUGUCCGCGUGGUCCGAGGGUGGCGCGACAAAGCAGUCGACCCCCUCGAACCGAAACCGAAACUCGUAACCACAUACGUUUACGAUGGUCUUUACACGGUCGAGAGGUACUGGACCGAGACCGGGCCCCACGGCAAACAGGUCUUCAUGUUCGAGCUCCGCCGGAAUCCCGGCCAGCCCGAACUCGCCUGGAAACAGCUGAAAAAAUCCAACAACGCCAGAUUCCGUCCCGGCGUCUGCGUCAAGGACAUAUCCAACGGGAAGGAGGCGUUUGGCAUUCCGGCCGUCAACAUUAUAAACGACGAGAAGCCGCCUUCGUUCGAGUACGUCGCGAGAAUGACGUAUCCCGCGUGGCACGUCCCCGCGGCGCCACCUGGCUGCGACUGCGCCGGCCGCUGCUCCGACUCGAGGAAGUGCCGCUGCGCGGUGCGCAACGGCGGCCAGAUUCCGUACAAUCGAAACGGCGCGCUCGUCGAGACGAAGCUUCUCGUUUACGAGUGCGGGCCCCACUGCAAGUGCCCGCCUUCGUGCUUCAACAGGGUGACUCAGCGAGGGAUUAAAUACCAGCUCGAGAUUUUUAAAACCGAGACGCGCGGGUGGGGGGUGAGGGCGCUGACGUCGAUACCUUCCGGAAGCUUCAUCUGCGAGUACGCGGGGGAGCUUCUGGAAGACAGGGAAGCGGAGAAGAGGAUUGGGAGUGACGAGUAUUUGUUUGAUAUAGGACAGAAUUUGAGUGACUCGUGUCUUAAUGCGGAGGAUCAGGCGUUGUCGGCCGAGCUCGUUGAAGAUGGUGGGUACACUAUAGAUGCGUGCAGGUUUGGGAAUGUGGGGAGGUUUGUUAAUCAUAGCUGCGCGCCGAAUCUGUAUGCGCAGAAUGUGAUUUACGAUCAUGAUGAUAUGAAGAUGCCGCACAUUAUGUUGUUUGCGAUGGAGAAUAUUCCGCCGUUGCAGGAGCUGACAUAUCACUAUAACUACUGUGUUGAUCAGAUUCGGGACUCGCAUGGGAAUAUUAAGGUGAAGAAGUGUUACUGUGGUGCUGCACAGUGUACUGGUAGGAUGUAUUAA